AUGGCCUCUUGGAACGAAAAACACAUCAACUACAUCGUCUGGAUCAACCAACCCGAAGUCGACGUCAUCUUCAAGACUUCAGGCGACACACGCCGUUUCCACAUGGCCGACAAAUGGAACGACUGGAAAUACGGCAUAGACCUCUUCAGGGGGCAAGACUCAACGGAUCCAACAGCGGAGAAGUUCUCCUUCCGCGUCGUGCGCAACGGGAAGACGCUCGUCUCCCAAUGGCAGGAUAUCAACGCCUUCACGGGGAACCUCGGCAAGGGGGACAUGGGCCUGAGCCUUGAUAACCAGAAGAUUACUAUUGUCGAUGGUCUUUUCAUCCAGUAUACCUUCUACGACGCCGGCCAGUACCCGACUACUAACCUUCCCGCUGCACACCAGUGCUACGUGACCGUAGCCCCCGACCGCUCUGCCUGGAUGACCUCGCUCGUGCCGCCCGCGUCCCCGGAAGCAAAGAAGCCCUUUACUCGCUUCGUGCUACCAGGAGGCCACAACUUUGGGUUAAACAGCAUGGCCAGCUGCCGGCAGCUAACAGCGAACCUGACGCCCGCGGCGAUCAUCACGAAGAUCUUGGGCCCCUGGCUCGGCCCGCUUAGGUUCGUGGGGAACCUUGUGGGCAUCGGCGCCGCAAAGGCACUGGGCGUUAUGGAGGCGACGUCGCGGAACCAGAAGGAUAGCGUUAGCGACCAGUUAGCCAUGGGGGCGCGCUACUUUAAGGUGCGCGCGUCGCGGGUUGAUCCAAAACUCCACGCGCAUUCAGGGGGCAUGGCAGAUGAGAUCUAUUUCCAUCAUGCGAUUUUACCAGGUAUUACCAUCCGGAGUUUCUUUAAGGAUGUGGUGGACUUCCUCUGCAAGCAGCGCGACGAGAUCCUCAUGGUCUAG